AACGUUAAGAAUCUUUCAUUGCAUAUUGUCGCAUUUCUACAUCGUCUGCAUAUUAUUGUAAAAACAACAUGGAAGUUGAAAUUGAUACUACUACCAGAAAUAGUAUUUGGAAGCGCUUAUCGAGAAAUAUCAGUCAAAGCAAACUCGGUGAGUUUGCAAGAGCUGUUAAUAGAGUAUUUUCGAGCAUCAAGAUGUGCAGGAAAAGUAACAAAGUCCAAGUUCCAAAUCCCGUGUCGUCUGCUUUUGUUUAUCCAGAUGACAGAUACCUCUGUAAUGACGAAAUUCUGCGUCAGCUUGAACUCCUUGAAAGACGAUUCAAUCAACAGACAGAUAUUCUAGCCAGAGCUCAAGGCAAAGAAGAACAUUUCAAGAAGGCCAAACCAUAUCACGGUGAUAUUUCACCAGACAUCAAACCUGACCCUCUACCAUUUCUCAUGGCGACUUUACGACCUGCCCGUUAUACCGAGGAAAAGUUUACUGAGCUAGAGAAGUUGGUGCAGCAAGUGAAGGAGAGGAGACAAAGAUUAGAUACGUUAACUUCAAGGCAGCAAACAACAGAUACCCUAUUCUGAAGUGCUGAAUCGAGCUGGCAGUUUUUUUUUUUUAUUUUUUUU